AUUUCUCGAUUUUCGGAGCAAAAUGAAAACAAGUCUAGUAAUUCUGCUCUCUUGUUUCGAGUUUAUCUACUCACUAGACGACAAAACCGAGGCACAAAGAGAAUAUGAAGCCGGAAAUGCGUUAUUUGUCAAUAGACAAUAUUCCGAUGCUCUCACACAUUAUCACAAGGCUAUCGAGCUAAACCCGACAAUGUAUCAGGCAAUUUUCCGCCGAGCCACCACAUAUCUAGCCUUCGGGCGUUCAAAGCCAGGCCUCGCCGAUCUCGACACAGUCUUAAGCCAAAAACCAGAUUUCGCUGGAGCAAGACAACAAAGAGCAAGUGUUCUGUUGAAAAUGGGACAGCUGGAGCGUGCCGCCGCCGAUUUUCGAUAUUUGAUCGACCAUUCUGCUUCACAAGAAACUUCACAAGAAGCUCAAGAGAAACUAGAGCUCAUUUCAGAGCAUAUAAAUCAAGUUGAAAUGUUAAAAAGCUGGAUUACAAAUGGAGAUUGCAAUAACGUCAUUGAAUCGACGACGCAUCUUCUUGAAACUCAACCCUGGGAUGCUUCUCUGUACAUUUAUCGUGCAAAAUGCUACGUGGCGGAGGAUAAAGUGAAAUCAGCAAUUCAUGAUAUGAAACACGCAGCGAAACUUUCUUCUGAUAACACCGAGUUGCUCUUUGAAAUGUCCGAGUUGGAGUAUAAAGUCGCAGAUGUCAGAGAUUCGUUAGGUUCAAUCCGCGAAUGUCUGAAGCUUAAUCCGGAUCACAAAAAAUGCUACACCUCCUACAAAUCACUGAAGAAAAUCGUAAAAUCCCUAGAUUCUAUGAAGGCAUCAAUCGAACAACAGGAAUGGACAAAAUGCCUGGAAACUGGUGAAAAACUUCUGGAAAAGAACGAAGAAAUUCCGAUUCGGAUGAACAUUUUCCGAUUGAUGUGUCAAUGUAAUCGAGAAGACGGAAAUCUAGGAGAAGCCAUUCAACAGUGUACUCGAGUACUGGAAUUUGAUGAUUCUGAUGUGGAAACGUUGAUUCAGAGAGCUGAAGCUUAUAUGGCAGACGAGGAGUAUGAUAUGGCAAUCGCUGACUACGAAAAAGCCGAAGAAUGGGAUUCAUCAAACGACGCCGUCCGAACUGGAAAAGAUCAAGCAAAGCGUGCAAAGGAACUCGUCGGAAAACGAGAUUACUACAAAAUUCUCGGAGUCCGCCGGAACGCCAAUAAACGAGAAAUCACAAAAGCCUAUCGAAAAAUGGCUCAAAAAUGGCAUCCGGACAACUUUCAGGAUGAGAAGGAGAAGAAGAAAGCUGAGAAGAAGUUUAUCGAUAUUGCCGCGGCGAAGGAAGUUUUGAGCAAUGAGGAGAAGCGGCGAGCUUUCGAUAAUGGACAAGAUCCACUGGAUUCGGAAGCAGGGAGGGGUGGAGGUGGAGGUGGAGGAUCACACGGAUUUCAUAAUUUCCACGGAUUUAAUCCAUUCGGCGGUGGUGGUGGUGGCGGCCGUGGUGGCGGCGACUUUUUCUUCCAUUUUUAAUUUCAUAUUUCAUUAUAGAUAUAGAUAUUAUUGUGUCAUUGGAUGUGUUACCCGGACUAUUAUUGAUCUCUUAACUUGCUUCUUUUUUUUUUUAUUAUAAAUCUUUUUAUGUACUU